CAGAGGAUCCAUACUGGACAGAAAUCUUACAAACGUCCUAUGUGUGGCAAGGUCUUCAGUCCGAGGUUACUCCUUGCAGAAUAUCAUAACGUUCAUUUUUGAGGAUUGAUUUCCAAAGACUCAUGCUAUGUAAGGAAGCCACCGAGAAGGGCAAAGAAAAGGAGCCAGGGAUGGCUCUUCCUCAGGGACACUAGACUUUCAGGGAUGUGGCUAUAGAAUUCUCUUUGGAGGAGUGGAAAUGCCUGAACCUUGUGCAGAGGGCUUUAUACAGGGCCGUGAUGUGGGAGAACUACAGGAACCUGGAGUCUGUGGAUAGCUCUUUAAAAUCCAUGAUGGAGUUCUCAUCAACCGGGCAUGGUAAUACAGGAGAAGUGAUCCACACAGGGAUGUUGCAAAUACAUGAAAGUCAUCACAUUGGAGAUUUUUGCUUCCCAGAAAUCAAGAAAGAUAUUCAUCACUUUGAGUUUCAGUGGCAAGAAAUUAAAAGAAAUGGCCAUGAAGUACCUAUGACAGAAACCAAAGAGUUGACUGGUAGUACAGACCGACGUGAUCAAAGGCAUGCUGGAAACAAGCCUAUUAAAGAUCAGCUUGGAUUAAGCUUUCAUUCGCAUCUGCCUGAACUCCACAUGUUUCAGCCCGAAUGGAAAAUUGGUAAUCAAGUGGAGAAGUCUAUCAACAAUGCUUCCUCAGCUUCAACAUCCCAAAUAAUUUCUUGUAGGCUCAAAACCCAUAUUUCUAUUAAGUAUGGGAAGAAUUUCCUCUGUUCUUCAUUGUUCACACAAAUACAAGAAGUACACAUGAGGGAAAAACCUUUCCAAUGUAAUGAGUGUGGCAAAGCCUUUAAUCAUAGCUCACAUUUAAGGAGACAUCAGGUAACCCAUUCAGGAGAGAAACAGUAUAAAUGUGAUGUAUGUGGCAAAGUCUUUCAUCAGAAGCAAUACCUUGCAUGGCACCAUAGAGUUCGUACUGGAGAAAAACCUUACAAGUGUAAUGAGUGUUCCAAGACCUUCAAUCAGAGUCAUCCCUUCAGUGUCAUCAUAGACUUCAUACUGGACAGAAACAUUACAAAUGUGAAGAAUGUGACAAAGUUUACAGUUGAGGAUCACAACUUGAAACACACAGGAGAAUUCAUACUGGAGAAAAACCAUACAAAUGUAAGGUUUGUGACAAGGCUUUCUGGGAUAAUUCUUGCCUUUCAUGCCAUAAGAGUUCAUACUGGAGAGAAAUGUUACACAUGUAACGAAUGUGGCAAGGCUUUUAGUAGAAAAGCAAACCUUGCACAUCAUAGACUUCAUACUGGAGGGAAAUCUUACAAAUGUAAGGGUUGUGACAAGGUUUUCCACCAUGAUUUAUGCCUUGCACAACAUCAGAGAGUUCAUACUGGAGAGAACCUUACACAUUUCAUGAGUGUGGAAAGACCUUUGCUCAAAAUUCAGCCCUUGUAAUGCAUAAGGCAAUUCAUACUGGAAAGAAA